UACAGCGCGCUUAGUACAACCCGAGCGGCGCACACAUCAAGUGUGUAUCUAGUUGAUCAACAGUGUUAUUAUAAUUAUAUUAUUAUUAUUAUUUUACCAAAAUGAUCGUCGAGUUUUUCAUAUUCAUAAUAACAGUGGUUAUAGCGUACGGCUUGUACAAUUACUAUGACAAUCAUAGUUAUUUCAAGAAGCACGGCAUUAACUUUAUGCCGGGUGUGCCGUUGUUCGGGAAUACGCUGAAGAGCAGCUUGUCCCUGAUGAACAUGAUCCAUGAACUGGAUGAAAUUUACAAGGCGUUUCCUGAAGACAGGUACAUAGGCCUGGUGCAGAUGACAGCGAGGACUAUAGCGAUAAGAGACCCGGAGUUGAUCAAGCAGGUCACAGUAAAGGACUUCGACUACUUCACUGACCACCGACAGAUCUUCAGUGAUCCGCUGUUCUCUGAGAGCCUGUUUUCUAUGCAAGGUGAGAAAUGGCGGCACAUGCGGUCCACGCUGAGCCCCGCGUUCACCGGCUCCAAGAUGAGGAAGAUGGUGCCCUUCAUGUGCCAGACCAGCCAGAACAUCGUGGAGCAUCUGAAAGAGACGGAAGGCCAGAACAUAAACGUCGGCGAGCUGAUCCGCCGCUACACCAACGACGUGAUCGCCUCCACAGCCUUCGGCAUCGAGGUCAACUCGGUGAAGGACCAGAAAAACCGAUUCUACGAGUACGGACAGAAGAUCAUCAACUUCUCCAGUGUGCAGAAAGCCAAGAUAUUCCUGUCUGUCGUUUUCCCUAAAUGCGGUUUCCAAAUAUUUCCGAAAGACUCCCUGGACUUCUUCAAGCACAUCGUGACGUCCACCAUGGAGUACCGAGAGAAGAACAACGUGGAGCGCCCCGACAUGAUCCAGCUGCUCAUGGAGGCUUCUAAAGGUACAUUGGAUGGCUCGACUGAGGACAAAUCAGAUACAGUUGGAUUCGCUACAACAGAAUUAACAGCAGUGAAGCCAAAAGGGGAAGUACAAAAAUGGUCCACGGACCAGCUGGCGGCCCAAGCCUUCAUCUUCUUCCUCGCUGGCUUCGACAGCACGGCUUCGGUGCUGGUCAUGGCGUUCCACGAGCUGGCUCUGAAUCCCGAGGUCCAGGAGACCCUGUACCAGGAAGUCAAAGAGCAUCAUGAGAAACACGGCACCGUUACUUAUGAUGGGGUGCCCACGCUGAAGUACCUGGAUGGGGUUUUGAACGAAACACUGCGAAAGUGGCCUCCUACAUUGAUCUUGGACAGGGUGUGCCAAAAACCGUACACACUGCCUCCCCCCAGAGAAGGAGGAAAGCCCUAUACGGGGGUAAAAGAAGGCGAGGUGAUAUUCAACUUCGUGAACUCCCUACACAUGGAUGAGAAGUACUACCCUGAGCCUGAAAAAUUCAAGCCUGAGCGUUUCAGCGACGAGAACAAACAAAACAUCAAGCUGUCCGCAUUCAUACCUUUCGGCAGUGGCCCUAGGAGUUGCAUUGCCUCCAGAUUCGCCAUCUUAGAGCUGAAGGUGCUCCUCUACUACGUGUCGCUGAACUUCAUUCUUCAGAAGUGCGAGAAGACGCGGGACCCCAUCGAGCUGACGCCGGGCGAGUUCCAGGUGCGCUGCAUCGGGGGCUCCUGGGUCAAGUUCCAGGCACGGAAGUGAAUAGAUGACAUGGGGAAAAUACGCAUACAGGAUGUUGCAAAAAGGUUAUACUAUGCCGCAACCUACGUGUCAUGUUACAUAUAAGCCUGAAAAUGAAAUCAGAAUGUCAAAAUUCGCGAAAAAAAAAUUUCAGUUAGAAUGAAUUCUAUUUUUGUAAAUUUUGACAGUAUAAUUUCAUUUCCGGCUUAGUAUAUACCAUUUUGCAACACCCUGUAAACGCUUUUGGGGGACCACUCUCAAAUUCGUCGCGCUAUUAAAAAAAAACACGCAGUCGCGACGAGGUAGAGCAGUGGUUAGACCGCGGGCCAAACAAAACUGCACUCGAUAUGAAGAGAGACCUCCCUGGUGUAGCUAACGAAGUGUUUCCACAUUGAGGCUUAUUUUUUUGGUGACGCUACUCUACUACGAAUAUUUAUAUAAAAAAGAAUUGGUUCGGUUGGUAGUAAAUAAAGUAUUGUGUUACAUGCACAUAAAUAUAAUAUGGAUAUUUAAAGUUACUUAUUUGUUAAGUUUACUGUUUUUACUACGUAAGCAAAAUAAAUACAUAAUUAAUAUAUACCUAAUGCAAUUAAAA